UCAAUUCUUCCUGUGAACCAAGGUCAGUACAUCUUCCUUUCUCCGUAUUAUUUCUUUAAACCAACCUACUUUUUGUCUAUAUUACCUAUUUACAAAUGCGGUUUUGACCCAUAAAACCUAAUAAAUGCGACUCAAAUGGGCGGUUCGAAGAAUUUCAGUCAUUUUUCUAGUUUUACUGAUUUUUAUUUUCAUCUUUUGGAAAUUCAAGGAGACUAAAUUUGGCGAGGAGAACUCCCCUGAUUACGAGGACAACUUUGAUGCUGAAAAAGAUGAAAUAUUUGUGAAAAACUACUUGAAACUAAUGCAAAUGGGCCGUGCACCAGCUCGCCCAGUUGUUGAGAAGAAGCAUAAUGUCGAGGAAUCCUAUUGGUGCUUUUUGAGCCCACCGAAAAAUGUUAGAAAGCCUAGAAGUUGGCUGAAAAUGGCUGGAAUUGAAGUGUAUUCAGCGUAUUUUGAUGAUCGGGAGAAUUCUUUGUUUCCGGGAAAUUCUGCGAUUCAGAUUCUUGCAAUGUCAAACCACUCAAUUGAGUCAAAAAUCCAGAUCUACUGCAAUAUAUUUACGCCAACUUCAUAUUCAACAGUAAAAGGGUACAUUCGAGAUAUCUGGCAGACUGGUUGGGAUCCGAGAGACUCAUUUCAAGUUCCCAGCUUAAUAACUUGCCCGAUCCCUAAAAGACUAGACCAUGCUGAAAAUAUGCAAGUUUCUAUAACGAGGAAACGGUGUAGAGAUGUAGAGGUAUCGAUGAAAGUUAUUAUGAAUCCGCAGAAUUUGGGUCCCGAAGGGAAAAAAGACGUGGCAGUUUGUGUGAAAGGGCUGGAUUAUCAGGAAGACAUUUCUGGCCGACUCCUGGAAUGGAUUGAAAUGCAGUACCUAUUUGGAGCAGAUUCUGUGUCAAUAUACCAUUUCUACCUUACAAAUCAAACUCAUAAAGUGUUAGACUAUUAUGAAAAGCACACAAAUCUCAAAGUAAUCCCCCUCUCCUUGCCAUCUGGAAAUCCAAAUAGUCCAAUAGAGCGGAGCAAGUACCUGAAAGAGAACCGACCUCAGAAACGUCGUCAUGAACUUCUUCCUUACAAUGACUGUUUCUACAAUUAUAUUCAUACACAUCGAUACGUAUUGAUUAUUGAUAUUGAUGAAGUGAUAGUACCAAUUCAGUUUGAUAAUUAUGGCGAUCUACUUCGAGAUUUUGAAGCCAAAUCAUUUGGAUAUCGUUUGAGCUCAAUAUCUAGUCGAAAUGUUUUCAAAUUUCCAUCAAAUUUUACAAUAUUUCCACGUCAUCAAUAUAUGAUCUCAAAUAGGAAACGAUCGAGGAAAACUAGCACAAAAGGAGAAUAUGGAAAGAGUUUUAGUAGUACCGCCACAGUUGCCACUGUAUUCAACCAUUUUGCACUACACAAGCUCUCUCCAUCAGUUGCAAAAUCUCAAUACUUUUCCACAUCAGAAGCUUUAAAAUUACACUAUAAAUCGGAAUGCCCAUGGGAAUCUCGAAAUGAGUGUCAUCAGUUGGAAUAUGAUGUCAUUGAGGAUACAAGUCUAGAUAAAUAUGAAGAACGACUAAGGAAACGGGUCGAUGAAGUAGCAAUGGAGAUUGGAUUGACUUGAAAAUUAUUUAAACAUGAAGUCUCAUACUUAUUCUGUGUUUAUUGUAUUCAGUACCCAAAGUUAGACGAAAAAUAGAUUGUUAGACGAAAAAAUAGAUUGUCAGACGAAAAAAUAUUGUCAAAAAAAAUUGAAAAAUAGAUUUUGUGUUAGACGAAAAAUAAAGUUUUGGCGAGA